AUGGAGAUGCAAGAAUUGAAUUGUGAAGUUGCUGUUGCAUGGGACGUGGGGGGUGGCCGUGCCAGCUUUUGCCCUCUCUCCUAUUCUCCUCUUUCCGUCUGUCAUGCAUUCUCCCAGUCGUCUUCUUGGGCGUGUUUGUUUCCUGGACCUUCUCAGCCUGUAUGUGGUAGAGUUACCUUCUUUGAGACAUUCCAUCGAGCACCUGGUUGGCGUCCAUGGAAGAGCACGCUCAUUCCCCAAUCCCCCGCCUUCCCCGGUUCCCCAGCGGAGGACGCCGGUCCUCGUCUGAAGAGCACGCUCACUCCUGCAGCUCUUCCCCUACACCAGCAGCACCGCCACCUCCCACCCGCCACCGUGCGCCCCCAACUACAGCAUAGCAAUGGCGGGCAACGAACCCAGCGCAGGCCCAAUCGAGCGGACGCGUCCGACGUGGCCGUCGAGCUCGACGAGGCCCGCCCCCGCGUCAAGCCCGGCGUCGCAGAUGGGGAUGGAGAGGAGCGCCGCCGAGUAGCACGCGACGGCGAGAUCUGCAGGCGCGGCGGGUGGCACGUGGAGCAGGCGGCGGCCGUCGCUGCCAUGGCCGCCUCCGCUCGGGGGGCUCCGCAUGGGCUAUCCUCGCUGCAGCGUGUUGGGACGGGCCUCGUCCUCUCCGUCUCCGCCAUGGUGGUCGUCACGCUCAUGGAGAAGAACAGUCACUAA